GGGCGCUGCCCGCGGGCUCCAGAUGAUGAAGGCUCCUGUUCAACUGCUGGGUGACUCAGGCGUGAACUGAAGCGUCGUUCUGAUGGCGCCGUGGCGCUCGGCGGUGGCCACGCCGCCGCUGCACCCCUCACCCCCUCGCGCUGUUUCGCCCGCAGGUGAGACCGACGCUUCGCACGCAGAGGCCCCCCGGAGCGUCCAGCAGGCAGCAGAGCUGCACCCCGGCCCGGAGGCCGCUUGCGGUGGUGACAAUGAGGCCUGUGACACGUCCCGGCUGCCCCCUGGGCGUGGGGGCCGCAAGACCCGCGACUCCCGCCCAGCAGCGUCUCCGCCUCCCCUAGGCCUCCCCACCGAGGACACGGGCGCGAGGCCAGCUGCAGCCCAGGUCCUCGUGGUGGCCCCGUGGGACUGGACAGCGGCGUCUCCCGGACCUCGGCAGGGCCAGCGGGCACCGGGGCCGCAGCGACAGGUACGUGCAGGUCUGCGCGCGACGGGUCAUUUCAAAGAGGGCCUCUGGGGGCAGGGGGCCCUGCAGCGACAGACCUGGCCCAAGCUGCUGGGCACCGGUGGGGGGCACGAGAAUUGA